CUUCCAGCUAGCUUCAAAGUUUCCUGUUCGUUCUUUUCGCCUUGUGUACUGUGUUGUUUUGUUGGAAUUUUCAUUGUUUUUCAUCAAAUUCUUCAAGAAUAAUGUCCGGAAAACGUAAAGGAAAGGCAAAGGAGGAAACUCCAAAUGUUCAAUUGGGUCCACAAGCAUUGGAUGGUGAAAAUAUAUUCGGCGUGGCACAUAUUUAUGCUUCAUUCAAUGAUACUUUUGUUCAUGUGACCGAUUUAUCGGGAAGUGAAACAUUUGCACGUGUUACUGGUGGUAUGAAAGUAAAAGCUGAUCGUGAUGAAUCCAGUGCAUAUGCCGCUAUGUUAGCCGCACAAGAUGUUGCCGAAAAAUGUCGAUCAUUAGGCAUUAAUGCUUUGCAUGUAAAACUUCGUGCCACUGGUGGUACAAAGACCAAAACACCGGGACCUGGUGCUCAAAGUGCUUUACGUGCUUUAGCUCGUUCUGGUAUGAAAAUUGGACGUAUUGAAGAUGUAACACCAAUUCCACAUGGUGGUACACGAAGGAAAGGUGGUCGCCGUGGUAGAAGAUUGUAAAACAUUCAUAUUUUUUUUCGCCUAUUCACCAAACGAAAAAUUGUAUUUUCUAAAAUUUCAAUGAAAAUAAAAAUUUCAACCGAAAAAAGAUUUUGGUGACAUUCAACGGACUAA